AUGACCAUAUUGCAUCGAUUCUUAUCCAGUACUGGGCUCAACAAAUGGGAGGUUCUAGACUACAAGAGUGGACUCCAAAAUAGAACAUAUAGGACGAGAAAGGUGGUCGGCAAAUGGGUGGAGAGACCUAUCAUUAGUAGAUCAGUUCCAGCAACCCCUACUAAGUCUUCCUCAAAGCAGGAAUCUUAUGGCAACCUUGGUGAUCACAUGGUGACUCCACUGCACCUGCCAAAGUCCUUGAGUCAAAAUGACUAUAUACGUCAAUGGGUCCCAAAGACCAAAGCAUAUCUUGACAUACUCCUUGAAAGAGAAGUUCCAUCAGAUAGGUCAUGUAUCAUCUGUGGGACAGAUGGUGUCUAUAAAUGCCAUGGAUGCUUUCGUCAAUGGACAGGCUUGUUCUUUGAGGAAAGUUGCUUGGUCAAGAGUGGGAUGGUGAUCUGGCUUGGACAUGGAGGAAAUGCAUGUCCAUGGGAUGAUGAUGUAGGGGAGUCAGCUCUGUUCACCACAGAGGAAGGAGGUUCCAAUGAUACGGAUGCCGAGAGCACAUUGGAGGAACCAAAUGCCGAGCAGAGCACAAAGGAGGCCCAUGACCUACCGACCGGUGUGCCGUUCAUUAAGAACAACAAGGCCAUGACAACAAUAGUUGACAAGUCCGGAGUACAUACCCACAUCGUCAAGUAUUGCACAUGCCCAGAGGCCGACACCGCAGAUAUACAGUUGUUUAACAUGGGUUUGUUUCCGGUGUCAUUCAUAGAACCGAAGACAGCAUUCACCUUUGAUGUCUUGAAUGACUUCUUACUCGACAACCUGGAGUGCAGGACUUCGGCGAUGAAUUAUUACAGCAAGUUAAGGAGGAUGACCACAAGCGUCUUUCCUCACUUGGUGCUGGACCGUUACCAGGAGCUCAUGAGGGUGGCAAGACAAUGGCGGAAGUUGAAGCUCCUGAAGUGGAAUGGCUUCAGCCAUGAGGAAAAGGAAACUCCGAGUUGGUUAUACACAAGAUCACUUGUCAUGGACGGAAACUUCAAAGCCAAGCAUCUUCAUGCCACAAAUCCCAUUGAUGAAGUGUCUCUCAUGGACGGUCAUGGUUUCAUGGUCGGUGAUGCCUUGUACAAGGAGCAUUUGGCCAUUGCCAAGGAUGCCAUGCAACAACCACCGCGCGAGGCCACUGGCAUCGGCGGAUGUGCAUGUGCGAGGCAUGGUUGUUUUGUCCCACACACCAUGGUAGAUUUUCAGAAGGGAGAAAGACAGAUGAAUAUGGAUUAUGCGCUGUGCAAGGCACUGAAACUCAAUGCCGAGGGCAUCCGCCAUAUAUUGACCUUCUAUGAUGUGAACUGUCAGUAUCAUAAGCACCUCCAGGACCGCAUCGCCAACAGUCCAUUGCUGAAGAUGCAUGACAAGCUGGAAAUCACCCCUGGCAUCGGACUAUGGCAUGUCCAUGGCCAUCAAGACAGCUGCUAUGUCAGAUAUGCUUCCAAUUUCAUACAAGGCGCAGCCAGGAUCAACGGCGAGAUCAUGGAGACCUUAUGGGUGCCAUUAAAUAUAAUCUCACCGGCGGCCCGUGGCAUGGGAACUCCUCACCGAAAAGAAUGCCUGGAUUACCAAAUGAAUGAUUGCAACUUCAUGAAAAUGAUCAGAAUGAGUGGGCAAAUCGCUUUGCCAAAAUACAAGGAAGCUAUGAAAGGGGUUGCCGACAGCAACAUGGUAUUUGAGAGGCUUGAUGAGAGCGCCGAUGCCGAUAAAGUCAAAGAUUGGGAGGCCCAAGAGAGGUUGGCACAUGAACGGCGGCACCAUGAUCCAACAGCAAUGGACAUUUAUGAAGUUCAGCUGUGCAAAGUGCCGACAAGAAAACAGCAAGAGUUAAGGUUGUUAACGGCGCAAGGCCGGUGGCCUGGCGAGGUGCGCCGGAGAGGUGCGGCAAUGUGGCUGGCAGAGGGCCUUGCUAUCGAGGAAGCCCAGGUCAUGCUGCAGAUGGAUGUGAGAAAGCUUGGACAUCGAGCAACAGAUACUCAAGCAAUCAUUCUCGGUGAGGAAUUAGGCGACAAUGACAUGCAGAUCAUGCAGCCAGAUCUGUUAAUACUUCAAGAAGACGCUGAAGAAGCUAUGGACACCGAGCUUAGAGCGUUUGAGCUGGAAAAGGCGGUAAUUUCUUUGCCUUCCAAUAUGGGGCUAGAGAAAUGUGCGGCCCUUGGUGUUGCUGAUAUCGCCGAUCAGGAACUCAUGCUCCGGCAAGGUCAGGCAAAUGAUGCCCUGCACCACAUCAGGGUGCAUUUGGCUGACAAGGCGGUCAUUUUCCGGAAGACUGUCAGAGUAGCAAAAUCACAAGCGUUGUCUACCAGAGCUUGGGCUCAAGUUCAUUCAGUGGACAGGGCAGUCAGCAUCAAUGCAAAUGAUGCACUGCUCAAGAGAUACCAACCGUUGACAAGGGAGCAUCUCAAGGUCAGCACUGCCGUCGCCGAUCCAAAUUCAAGAGGGCAGAGGAACAAUGUGUUAGCUUGGUUUUGGUCAUUGGACAUGGAAGGGGACUCCGAUAGCAGUGACUGGCUGAAUGAGUUUUACCGUGUUCACUGGCUUCGUGCCAAGGCUAUGAGAGACCAAUGGGCAGAAGAGUUGUUGCUUGUUCAGCAUGAAAUGGAUUGGACAUGUAACUUUUUGCUUCGGAAGGCCGACAAAUGGAUCCGUCUCGGUGCCAUCUUGAAGCUAGCCCAGAAGCAUGGACAUGUGGCAUACUCAGAGAGGCAGUGCAAAAUCUAUCAACAUCUGUUUGGAGAGGCGAGAGAUUCAUUCAACUGGGUGAUGGCUGCAUGA